CUCUUUGUCAACAGACCAAGGAGGAAAUAACGAACUGUUUCCAAGAUAUCAUCAAAUAGUUAGCUUAUACGUCGGGAUUGUUUUUGGUUUCAUGUUCUGCAGAGGUGAAAUAAUUGACACACGGUUACAUCAUAACGACUGUCCUCGCUUUGCUUCGACCGGGCGGCACAUUAGCUUUUUAGCUUGGUCGGUAAAGUUACUUAGCUGAAAUAACGCUACGUGGUGGUUGCUAACGAGAUAUUUGGUGUUUAGCUACGCAGCUAGCUAAAGCCAACAAACACCGUACACAUCGUCCAAUGUAUUGAGGUGGAUCGGGAUGCUUUGAUCGACCUUGACGGGGAAUCUCCUUGUUAAUCCAGGUUAUCGUUGUCAGCUAACGUUAGCUACCUGCCGGGAAACACUGGGCUGCGUUUAAGUCAUGGCAGACGAAAAUACACACUUCUGUGGCAAUUGCAAACAUGACAUUCCAGAGGCUAACUUCACUACUCAUGAGAUCCACUGCAGAAGAAACAUCGCACUGUGUGAUGUUUGCCAGGAGCCGGUGCCCAGGUCAGACCUGCAGGAGCAUAAACAGCAGGAGCACAUUCAGAUUACAUGCAAGUGUGGUUUAAAGAUUGAGAAGAAAGACUUCGAUGUUCACCAGAGCUUCGAGUGUUCCCAGCGGCUGGUCCCCUGCCAAUUCUGUGAACUGGAGAUAGUUUUCAGUCAGUCCAAAGAACAUGAAGAUUAUUGCGGCGCACGCACUGAGCCUUGCGCAAUCUGCAAGUGCAAUGUGAUGUUGAAGGAACAAGCCGUGCACCCCGUCUUAUGUGGGAGCCUCACACCGCCCCAAGAGAGGAACAACAGCCGGACGAGUCGCAGUCCGGUAGAUUCACAGCCUCCGGGUGCUUGGUUUGAAGCCCACACCAUCCGAAACCUCCUGAGAACCCAAGAGAGAGGCCCAAAGAAUAAUAACAUCAGUGCAGCGGAUCAGCAGGCCUUUCCCCGGCCGUUUGAUCCCAGAGUCUACAACACUUCGAGGGGACCUCAAGGCGCAGGUGACUGGAAGAAUACUGUCCCGGGAAAUACAUUCAGCCACUUGCUCGGGCCGAGUGAUUUUCUGAAUAGCAGCAGCAGCAGCAGCAGCAGCAGCAGUGCGUGGCCACAAAGUGAGCUCAGAAUGGCGGAGGAUUCGUCCGGCCUGGACUACAUGCUGGCUCUCAGCCUGCAGAGUGACGGAGAGUCGGGGUCCGGCGGCGUAGAGGGGAAUCUGUGGAGUGGAAUCUGGGACCACAAGAUCGAGAAGCCCUCUGUUAACGCUUCACUUUGUCCGCCAAACAACAAUUACCAAAAUUUCACUACAGUCACAAGCCCAGUCCAGGAACAGGAUCAAGCAGACACCAUGCUGCCCUGUGAGUUUUGUGAAGAGCUGUUUCCUGAAGAGGACCUCAUUCUGCAUCAGACCGGAUGCAGCCCCGCCUCCGCCUUUGCGUCCUACAGCAAGCAGCCCCUGUCUCCCCCUACGGAGGACAGGAUGGGCAGGAAUGCUUCAGGGCUGAUGCACGACAUCCCCGACACCCUGGCUUCAAAUAUCCCCACCUUCCCUCGCUCUGUCUCCCCCGCCUCCAACAGUCCUCCAGCCAGUCCACUAGAGGGCGACGUGGUCAUUCCCUGUGAGUUCUGUGGCAUCGCUCUGGAGGAGGCGGUCGUCUUUCACCAUCAGGACAAAUGUGACAUGCGUCCUCAGAAUGCCCAUCCGCUGAACAAUCUGACUAAAGCGUCUGCCAAGAAAACACAGAACCCUACUAAUGACGCCUUUAGCCAGAUGUCUACAGAUUUUCAAAUGAGAAUGAAUCCCCAAACUGACUUCUCGCAAGACCACUUUGGAUUCGACAGAGACGCCACAGAGAGAGAAUGGCCAAGAGGCUACAUUGGACUCCCCAGUCAAAGGAAGACAUCCAACUGUGAUGCCUCUGUGAAAAACCGAGCUCAGGCAGGCCGGGAAGCAGAAGGAGCUCAGUCCUCUUUCAGUGACCCUGAGAGGUCUGCUGCUGCAUCUCUGAAGGGAGUUCAUCUACCAGAAAAUAAAGAAGGCAGAGGGAACAGAGGGAAUUCCUUGACCAAGCUACCCAAGAAGCAAAAUGAAGAGCAGCAGGAGGAGUGAGAGCGGCAACAUGUGGAGAAAAUCCAAAAACCAAAUCUCCUUCUGUGCUUUCCAUAUAUCUUCCUGCACACUUCUGAAAACAAAUGAUAUACCAAUCUGAUAAGUGCCUGUGCGAGCAAUCUAGCAGUUUAUAUUUUGAUGAGUUUUACUAUAAAAGCCUCAGUAAUUAAUUUGGUUAAUUAAUGUUUUUUUUUCAAGAUUUGUCUCAAUUGUUUGUAUGUCUAACGUUUUAGCCUUAAAAUAUAAAUUAUGAAAACAGUUUUAUUUGUGCUGAUUUUGAUUUACCGCGCAAAGUCGUGUCAUGUCUCGUUAGAAACAUUGAGAAGAUCACAUGACUUUGUCGCUGUGCAUUUGUCUAACUUAAUAAUAGCUUGUUAGUUCAGACAAGGACUUUUAGUUUUCCUCCAGGGUUGCCAGUUCUUUUUAGGCUCCUUCACAGUGUUCCUGUUGGUUUCUGUACCUUUUAUGUAACCUGAAGCACUUUGAUAGAUUACUUUGUUUAAAAAAAAGGGCUUGAGGAAUAGAUUUGAUGCAUCUUUGACCAUACAAAACAACAACUGUGUAACAUAUGUCUUUUUAUACUGUUAAACAUGUGUCUUUAAUACUCUUCAUUAAUAUUUAGAUUUUUUUUUAAUCAUACCUAUAGUACUAUAUACGUGUUGUUAUGACGAGAUGGCUUCUGAAGCAGUGUCUCCUGUCCAAUCCUCUUUUUAAGUAGUAUGAAAAAUGUUGUGUGCUGCUCCUCCAAAUAGGAUUUAAGAUUGAUGAGAUGUACUUUGUGUGUAACAUAGGUUCCACUUUAGCAAUAUAUAUAUAUAUACAAGAUAGGCGACCGUGUCCCUCACACGGUUGAGCCAUCAUAUCUAAAGACAUAGCAGAGCGUUUUCCUGAUUAACAUCUAAUCAUCAACCCCAGAUAGUGAGGAGAAAGUAGUCAUUGAACUCUCCUCGUCGUGUUUGUUUGGACUGAAGGCACUCACGGCACACGGCUGACUAUCCUGUUUAAGAACAACUGUCUUCAUGCUCUUUGUCUUGUGAGGCUAUUAAAUGUUUAAUGAGGA